AUUCAAGUGUCAAGUAACCAAGUGAUCCUACUUUAAAAAUGGAUAAAUAUAACCUAACAGCAUAUGAUGAAGAAGAUGAUCUUUAUUCAGGAUUUAAUGAGUUCCAUCCUACAUUGAAUACUUCCAGUCUUAUACAAGACUCUCUUUCCAGAGAUGUAAAACAGCAACAGUCAAUGAUACAGAUGCAGCAAUCAAGAGGUGUUACAGCAUCCCAUGGAGCAAAUACACCUGCAGUUGCCAGGCCAAUCACUGCCAUUCGUGGUGCUGGAUAUACCUCUUCAAGGAUAACAACAGCCAAUCAGACCUAUGAUCCGUUGAACCAGUCAGGAAGAGUAACAACACCUUUUACAGAACCGAAAACUGUUGAUCCUCCAGAAAAACAAAUGAAGAUGCUGGAGAGCAGCAUUCACCGAAUUGUGGAAGAAUCCAUCCUCGCAAAUAGUAAGGAAGAAUUCAGAGUGGCACUGGAUAAGGCCAAAGAAGCAGUUAACAAAGAAAAAAGUCUUAUUCGACAAAAAGAACAAUCUGGAAUGGGAGAAUCAAACAAUGAUUUGGCUUUCAUGGUGUUAUUCAAUCUCGCUAAUCAGUAUGUUGCCAACGGUUUGUUUUCUGAAGCAAUGUCGUCCUACCAACAGUUGAUUAAAAAUCGUACAUUCGCCAACAUCGGCCGGUUACGUCUCAAUAUUGCUAAUUUGCAUUUCCGGCUCGGACAGUAUGCCCUUGCAUUGAAGCAGUAUCGGAUGGCAUUGGAUCAAGUUCCAGCCCAUUUCACAACACUAAGGACAAAAAUCAUGCAAAACAUCGGUUUGCUAUUCAUAAAAAUGGGACAGUACAAUGAUGCCUGUACUAGUUUUGAAUUUGUUAUGCAAGAAAAACCCGAUUUCAAAACGGGUUUGCACAUGGUUCUCAGUUACUACGCAUUGGCAGAUCGCGAAAAUAUGCGGAAAGCGUUUCUGCGCUUGUUGGAUGUCCAUGCAGAGUUGGAUGAUUUCGAGAAACUCGUGCCGGAGGGUGACGCCCAAUGGAAUUCUUUGCGAGAAGCUUUGAAUAAUGAUUCCUUGCACCGUUUGGAGCGCCAGGCCAAAUUUGAAGGUGAAAGAUGCAUACUGAUGGCUGCCAAGUUAAUCUCUCCUGUGAUCGAAGAUACCUUCACGGUGGGCUACCAAUGGUGCGUUGAGGCUAUCAAAGAGUCAACCCACAACCAUCUAGCCGACGAUUUGGAGAUCAAUAAAGCCGUACUCUUGUUACGCCAGAAGGAUGUGGCGCAAGCUACUGAAACGUUGAGAAGUUUUGAAAAACGCGCGAAUAAAAUGGCUACCAACGCAGCCGUCAACCUGUCGACAAUUUAUUACCUGCAAGGUGAUGUUGCAAGCGCCGAGAAAUAUGCCGAAAUAGCUCGAGAUUCGGAUCCUUACAACGCAGCUGCUUUUGUCUGCUUAGGCAACUGUUCUCUGCGACGUUCGGAUUUGAACAAAGCCAAAGAUUUUUUUCUCUGCGCGUUGGAUAAUGACGCUGCUUGUGUUGAAGCAUUAUACAAUCUCGGUCUGACGUAUCGAUCAACCAGCCAGCUUGAAAAGAGCAUGGAGCAGUUCGUCAAAUUGCAAACGGUGCUGCGUCACCAGCCCGAGGUCCUGUUCCAGAUAGCUAAUCUUAACGAGGAGCUCGGCAAUGAUGAACAAGCUGUCGAAUGGUAUUUGCAAGUUCAUACGGUUGUGCCGUCGGAUGAAGGCAUCCUACAGAAAUUGGGAGAAACUUUUGAUCGUCUAGGAGACAGGCAACAGGCUUUUCAGUACUAUUCGGAUUCGUAUCGUCACUAUCCAUCGAAUUUGGAAGUGAUUCGGUGGUUGGCGGCCUAUUACACGGAGAUGCACGUCCCGGAGAAAGCGAUUUCGUUGUACGAACGUGCAGCACAAAUGCGCCCUAAUGAAGUUCAAUGGCAGUUGGCAGUGGCGAGCUGCACACAACGAGUUGGAAACUAUCAUAAAGCUCUGCAAAUUUUGAAGAGUACCCGUUCCAAAUUUCCCGAAAAUAUCGAAUGUUUGAGAGCUUUGAUCCGGUUAUGCACCGAUCUCGGGUUGAAAGAGGCUGGAGACUAUGCAUCCGAUUUACGUAAAUUGGAGCACAGCCAGAACGAAACGAUGCAGGAGAAUAAGCGAACUGGCACAAGCGUGACCUACAGUAGCGGACGAGGUUCAGGACUGAGUUCGGCUGCGAGCGGAGUAGACGCAACGCUAAAAAGCCAACCGACUUCAGCGGAAUCACUUUCGAAAUCAACUCAUUUGUAUCAAACUACUCCCGUCGAUACGAGUUACCAGGAUCAACUGGGUCCGUUACAUGAUCGUCCUAGAACUAGCCGGCGGCUGAUGAAUGUCGAAACAGAUGAUCUGGAUGUAGGCAGCGAUCUGUUGCCUCUGUGAAGAAGAAAAAAAAAAAAGAGAAACGGGCAGCAGCGCACUCACGUGAUUAUGUAAUCUAGGGAAAAAAAGAUGUCUCUGUUAUAAUGUAGACACUCUGAGUAAUUUGUUUUUCGUACCAUUGGUUGUCCAAUCGCCCGCUUCGAUGUUUUAAGGGGUUUCUGGUAAGUUUUUUUUUGUCUUUUAUGCGUCAAGACAUUUACGCUGGAACGUCUCGUGUACUUGCAUGGCGCUGUACAAAUUUACAACA